AGAGGCCUGGCCGGAGAACUGCUCCAAGCUCCAAAACUGCUGUUCAGCCUUUUUGCGCUCAAUGCUUCCACAGCGCCCUCCCCAAGAGACUGCUGUCCCGUGACCGGGGUCCUCCAGGGCCCCCCCAGGUGAGCACAGAAGGAUCACACCCAUCCAGCCGACGAGCGGGGGAUGACUGGGAGAAGUCGGUUGGUCCAGAAAACCCGGCGGUUCUGACGGUGCCGUUCUCCAAGAGGCGCGCAGCCCUCCAGCGACAAUAUGAUGUCCGCUAUAGAGACUGGUGCCGCCGUGUACCCACCUGCACAGCUGCUCAACUGGGUCUAUAUGUCCCUGCAAGACCCCCAGAGCAGCGCCUUCGAUGCGUUCAAGGCCGAAUCGGACACCUCCCCCCGGGACAUGAGCAACUCCAAGCGCAGCGCAGCGGAUCUGAGCUCCAACUAUCUCAACAACUUCUUCCAUCUGAGGAGUGAGGCCUUGAACAACAAUUUCUACAAGAGCUCGUCGCCCUACGGGUCCCUCAACAAUAUCGUGGAUGGCCUGAGCUCGCUGGCGGACCAUUUCUCAGACCUCUCCCUGUCCCCCGAGACACACAAGCACAGCAAACGGCCGCCGCCCAACUACCUGUGCCACCUUUGCUUCAACAAAGGACACUACAUCAAAGACUGCCCUCAGGCCCGACCCAAAGGAGAAGGCCUGACCCCGUACCAGGGAAAGAAGAGGUGCUUCGGUGAAUAUAAAUGCCCUAAAUGCAAGAGGAAGUGGAUGAGCGGGAACUCCUGGGCCAACAUGGGGCAAGAGUGCAUCAAGUGCCACAUCAAUGUUUACCCUCAUAAGCAGCGACCUCUGGAGAAACCGGACGGACUGGAUGUGUCGGACCAGAGCAAGGAGCAUCCACAACACCUGUGUGAAAAAUGCAAAGUACUUGGCUACUACUGCCGCCGUGUGCAAUAGCACACGCUGCUCGAUUCUAUUUCAUUGAAAAGGAAUGACUAAAAAAAAAUACAUUGCAAUAAUUAUAGUGCUAUAAUGCAUCUCUAACGGUUUAUUCUCGUCACACUGUGACUCUCAAGUCGAAGAGGCUCAAUGUGGUGGAAGUUUUCUACGAUAUUCGCUCGGUGGGGACGAGUACUUUGCAUUUGCUGAGUUCUAUCAAUAUGUGAAUAUUCAUUUGAAGUUGCAACUAUGAACCAAGAAUCUAACCAACUGUGAAUUAAGAAACUUUAGCUCAGUGUCUGUCUUCACUCGUGUCCAACACGUUGGAACCAAAUUCACGAGUGAGGUCUCCAGAUGAAGAUUUUUUUCCUGUUAUAUGUUUGUAUAUUCCAGAAAUAACUUAAAGGAUUUUUUUUCUGUAUAAAAUAAGCAACAAGCCUUUACUUAAAAGGAUAUGCAGUAUUAAUGUGUAUCUGCAUUAUUAUCAGUACUGGAGGGUACAUAAUUCUUUUGGACAUAUUUUGAAGCCAUUACUAUUUUAGAUUUUUACAUGUUAUGAAGAAAAUAUAUAAGCUGACUAACAUUUAUUCUUUAAAGACUAUGUUCAUAGUUAUUUCUAUGAAAGAUAAAAAUAAACCUCUUAAGGUAAUUUGUAAUUCCACAGUACUAAACAAAUGCAAUAUGGUAGAAACAUUUAAUUUCCUGAAAAAUAGAGUUACAUUACAGCACACUUGUGUGAAGAGAGCUGAGGUCAUAGGUCGUAAACGUCUCGUAUGGAACACGAGACAAAAAAAGCUAAAUGUACCAAAGAGCAUGAAGGAAUGGGCGGGAGGUAGCGUGUGCAUGUUGCUUCAGAGGGGUUUUGAUUUUGAGUUAAUUGUAAUGAUUAUUUGGGAAAGAAAUAUUACAUUUUUUGAGGUGUCACACGCCGUUUAAUGUGCCUUAGUCUGAGUAACCCAUAAGAUGGAUCUCCAGAAAUUUUUUUGUAUUAAAAUUCAUUUAAACAUGUUA